AUGGUGACCCAGAGCUGGGAGGCGAAAGCCGAGAAAGCCAGAGAGCGUUUGGCACGAUCCAUUGCCAAAGAAUGGUUGCUUGACAAGUCCAGUUGUCCCUCCCACGGUCGACUAAACGUCAUGGAUGUGCCAGAGGAAUCUGGGCGAUUGAGUGUCGAAGAAAUACUGAUCACCAAUAGUGAUGCCAGUGGCUUGGUGAGCAAGAUGGAGAUUGGGGAAUGGACAGCAGAGCAAGUCACGGUAGCAUACUUGAAGAGGGCGACCAUUGGGCAUCAGCUGCUCAACAUGGCCACCGAGUUCAUGGUUGAAGAUGCUCUGGCCCAGGCGCGAGCGUUGGAUGAAUAUUACAGGCAGCACAAGAAGUUGGUAGGACCUCUGCACGGUGUGCCCAUCUCUACAAAGGAACAUAUCUCUCACAAAGGAAGGCUGGUCCACGCAAGCUACGUGGCACUGGUGGAUAAUGUCGCUGCAGAAGACGCUUUUCUUGUUCGCCUUCUGAAGGCAUCUGGUGCUGUGUUUCAUCUUCGCACAAAUGAGCCUCAGACGAUGAUGACCGGUGACACAGAAAAUAAUCUGACGGGGAGGACCAAAAAUGGUCACAACCUGCGACUCGCCAACGGUGGCUCAUCUGGAGGAGAAGGAGCAUCGGUCAGUUUUAAGUGUGCUGCAAUUGGACUAGGGACCGACAUUGGUGGCUCUAUUCGGAUUCCAGCAGCGUUCAACGGCUGCUAUGGCUUCCGUCCAACGGCGUGUCGACUGCCGUACGGAGGUGUAUUUCUGCCCGGUGAAGGUCAAGAGUCCAUCAGAUGCGUGAUAGGACCCCUCACGAGAGGUAUCGACGAUAUUGAACUCCUGAUGAGCUCGGUCCUCGUACAAAAGCCUUGGGAGGAGGAAUUGAGUCUGGUGCCGCUACCGUGGAAGUCUGCAGCAACAUCCAAGAACAUUACGAUCGGCGUCAUGUGGAGUGAUGGGAUCGUGAACCCACAGCCGCCCAUGCAACGAGCACUCAGAAUGACAGUAGAGAAGCUCAAGGCGGCCGGUGUCACAGUCGUCGAUUUUGAACCAUACAAGACAGCGGAGGCGAUGGAUAUCAUCACAAGUAAGCAAGGCUCGAUUUUCGACUCGUCAUUGGAUAAUCUGCUCACGUAUAUAGCUCUGUUCUUUCCAGAUGGCGGAAAGACUCAGUGGGACCUUCUAAAGCAGUCCGGGGAGCCUGUCUACCAGCAAUCUCGGGCAAUGCUGGAAAUCGCCCGAGAGAUUACGGUAGCGGAAAACUGGGCCUACAACGCAAGACGAGACGCCCUUCGAAAUGAAUUCCACAGUUUGAUGACUCAACGGGGCGUCAAUGUGAUCCUUACUGCGCCGUAUCCCGGAGCUGCACCCUUGGUCGGCACCGUUGACUACGGUGUGUACACCAUGCUGUGGAACAUGCUUGAUAUGCCGGCGCUCGUCAUGCCUGUUGGCUUGACCGUUGACCCGACUCUUGACCGGAAGAGUCCCUCAUAUCAGACGAUCAGCGAGUACGAUAAAGGACAAUUUGACAAGUUCGACGCCGAGGAUUCCGUCGGUGCCCCAGUCUGCGUCCAAGUGGUCGGCAAACACUUUAGGGACGAAGAGACCAUAGCUGCUGCCCGCAUCAUUGAGGUUGCUCUUGCUCGAACUGCGGUGGUCCCGGCCCUAUAG